UCUUGUGCAAACACUGAAAGUUUUUUAAAAUUAAUGUUUAACUCGAAGAGACUCAAGUAAAGAAUGAGUCUCAAGGUCCAGGCUGAGGUGUCCUGAUGACCAGUGACCAGGCUUCAGGGAUAACCCCCCAAGACUAAAGGAAUCAGAGGUGGCUGAGAGUGGAAGCUGAACCGACGUCCAGAGAAUGUGGACCGGAUAUAAGAUCUUAAUCUUCUGGUGUCUGACGGCAGAAAUUUGUGCAGAGGCUCACUAUUUAUCUCAAAGAGAACUGGAUCCAGGGCUGCGAUUCUCUAGAAAUCACACCAUUUUCCAAGGUACUCGGCGCAAAAGGGCCAUUUUCCAAGGGCAGUACUGUAGGCGCUUUGGCUGUUGUGAAGCCAGAGAUGAUGGCUGUGUCACUGAGUUCUAUGAGGCCAAUGCACUGUGUUACUGCGACAGCUUCUGUGAGCGGGAUAACUCUGAUUGCUGUCCUGAUUACAAGUCAUUUUGCCGAGAGGAAAAAGAACCGCCACCUCUCCAGCAGCCUUUAGAGCCAGAAGGUUGCUCCAGAGAUAGCCAACAUUACGAAGAAGGAUCGGUCAUUAAGGAAAACUGCAACUCCUGUACAUGUUCAGGACAGCAAUGGAAAUGCUCCCAGCAUGUAUGCCUUGUCCACCCACAAUUAAUUGACCACAUCAAUAAAGGGGACUAUGGAUGGACAGCACAGAACUAUAGCCAAUUCUGGGGAAUGACUUUAGAAGAAGGGUUCAAAUUUCGCCUUGGCACCUUGCCACCUAGCCCCAUGCUUCUGAGCAUGAAUGAAAUGACCGCAUCUUUUCCUCCCAGAGAUGAUCUUCCUGAAGUCUUCAUUGCCUCUUAUAAGUGGCCUGGAUGGACCCAUGGUCCAUUGGAUCAAAAAAACUGUGCUGCGUCCUGGGCUUUUUCUACUGCAAGUGUAGCAGCUGACCGCAUAGCAAUUCAGUCCAAAGGUCGAUACACAGACAAUCUCUCCCCUCAGAAUUUGAUCUCUUGUUGUGCCAAGAACCGUCACGGAUGCAACAGUGGAAGCAUUGAUAGGGCCUGGUGGUUCCUGAGAAAACGUGGACUGGUAUCUCAUGCAUGCUACCCACUUUUCAAGGAUCAAAAUAUUACCAAUAUCUGUGCUAUGGCAAGUAGAUCAGAUGGGCGGGGAAAGCGGCAUGCCACAAAGCCAUGCCCCAACAGCUUCGAGAAGUCCAACAAGAUUUACCAGUGUUCUCCCCCAUACCGAGUCUCUUCCAAUGAAACUGAAAUUAUGAGAGAAAUCAUACAAAAUGGACCAGUUCAAGCCAUAAUGCAAGUCCAUGAAGAUUUCUUCUAUUAUAAGUCAGGAAUAUACAGACAUGUUGUCGGCACCGAUAAAGAAUCAGAGAAGUAUAGAAAACUUCGGACACAUGCAGUCAAACUCACUGGAUUGCUGCCAAUUCCUGGGGAAAGUCUUGGGGAGAGAAUGGCUAUUUCAGGAUUCUUCGAGGAGUAAAUGAGUCUGACAUUGAAAAAUUGAUUAUCGCAGCAUGGGGCCAACUGACAAGUUCAGAUGAUCCAUAGCUAUCAGAUUUCCAUAAGGCCGUGCGAUGUAAGGCUCUCUGUGCCAGCGGAUGCUUCGUGCAUUUGCCGUGUGCACAGAACACACACAGCCUGUUUUCUUGUUUUACUCCAGGCUCUAACCUUCUGCUGUCUUCAUAUUAAUGAGUAUAUUAAAAUACUAAUAAAAGAAAGAUGGCCGCGUGUCAUUGAAGUUCACUGGGUGUAAUUAUUUUGCUCUCAUGGUGGUGCUUCUUUUGAGUUUAAUUGUUCACAGUGUGACAAGAUUAGUUUUCAAAUUUAAUA